UCCAUGGCUGUGUGGGACAUCCAUCCCCGUGCGAGAUGCGGCUGUGUAGGACACCUUUAUACAAAACGUCACCGUGUGGGACGUCACUGGCUCUUCCAUGCGUUGUGGGAGAGUGGAGCCAUUGGAGCGGCUGUGCAGAACAAUGCCAACCCGAUCUGCGGAUACGUAGGCGCUAUGUACAACAGGAACCUAAAAAUGGUGGGGAAGCUUGCCCUGCUCUAGAGGAGAAGGCUGGCUGCCUGGAAUACCUGACUUACCAGGGAGAGGACUGCGGCCACGAACAUGUCCCUGCUUUCAUAACUACCUCUGAAUACAAUAAAGAAAGAAAACGACGAGCAGCAUCUUCUCUCCAGCCUUCAGACAAAGAGGCAGCUGGAUACUGUGUGGAAUUUAAAACAGAAUCACUUUCACACCACUGUGCUUUGGAGAAUCGGCCGUACGCUCGAUGGAUGCAGUACCUACGAGAAGGACAUACUGUCUGUGUAGCUUGUCAGCCUCCAGCUAUGAAUACUGACACACAUCGGUGUUCUGGAGAUGGCCAUAAUGCAGAUGGAAGUAAAAUUUUACACUGGGAAGCAGUUGGCAACUCUCAGUGCCAAGGAACCUGGAAGAAGAUUCGGCAACUGGAGCACUGUUCAUGUCCCCUAGUGCAUAGCUUUAUUUUUACAUAAAAGUUUAAAAAAUAUUAAGAAAAAUAACACCAAUGCCAAGAAAACUACAUCUUUCUGCUGCAUUUUCUGGAGCCUAAACAAACUUUAAAGGAGUCAGAACUUUGGAAGAAUCAUUUUGGGAAACUCUCUCUGCACUAAGACUGUAUUAGAGCACUAGAAGCAUGUUUCCAUGUUUCUAUUUUGUAAUUAAAGAGCUAAUGUUUCUAACUGUAGUAGCUGCUUUUCCUGAAAUUCUUUACUGGCCACAGUCCUGUCUACAGGCAUUGCUCCUACUCAGUAGUGAGCCAGCCAAACAUUCUCAAGUCUGAGAAUAGUUACUUACUGUCAUCACUGAAUUAGCAAGCGUGAAUAAAAAUGAAAGUUUGAGAGCUAAAAUCAGAUUUGUUUACAUCCUUUGUUCUUUCCAAAUAUCAUCUAGACAGUUGUUUAUACUACAAGUGGAUAAGUACUCUUCCUCUAUAUUGCAGCUUUCAUGUUCAGCCACCCUCAUAAAGACGUGACAGGUCAGCACUGUUAAAAAAGCAGUCUUGCUCAGAAUUUCAUGUCGGUAAUACACGGUGUUAACUUCAUGGAAGACAAACCUAAACAAGACUUUGUGACUAAAGCAUUGCCUAACAUAAGAUUACUUAUUACUAGUUAAAACUGCUCAUAUACAAUGAUUAACAUAGAAACCUGCAGUAUUAGAGCACUGGCAAGACUGCUAUGCAGGUAGCUCAAAUCCUUGUUUUGUUACCUGUUACUUACCUUGAAAUAUUGUUACAGCAUUAAAGAGGUUGCAUACUGCAUUUCCUCACUUGUCAGAUAGCUGCUAUGACUUUCUGAAUUGUUAGCUUAUAGCUGCACUAGCAUUCCUUGCUGAAGCACAAAGUCUGUAUUUUAUCAAGAUCCUGAAAUUCACAAUGUUUGCUAAAAAGAAAUUAGGCCUUAAGGUUGAGUAAAUUUACUGUUAAGACAUGCAGCUCUCUGUUUCUAGCAGCUGCAAGAAGAAACCAUAGCAUCUGGUGGCAAGAAUGAAGAGGGUGAUCUGUCUGAGGUCCUGUCCACAAUAAGAAACAAACCUUUGUAACUGUACUUUUACCAUUUUACCUUAAUGGAAGUAGGCCCCUAAAACAGAAAGCAGAGAGAUUAUCUUAAUACUUCCUGAACAUUUCAGUCUUCAAGAAUAUAUCUCUUCCUUUGUAGCCAGGAAAAACACAUCCAAAACAUUUAUUUUAUUAUAACCAGUUUGUACAGAUACUUUUCCUUGUAAGGUUCUUGUAAAAUAAAAACCUUAAUCAAGGACAAAGGUACAGAAAACAUCUGAAGAGAUUUCACUUUUAAGUGCUGCAAUACGUUAGUUCCAAGUCACUAACUUCACACCAGUAUGAAAGUGUAAAGUAUGAGUUUUCUGAGGUUGUGGAACUCUACUCCACAUGAUCUGAAUCAAGAGAGACAACGUAGUACCACAAUCCAUCUGCUGCAGUCUCUGGUAAGCAGGACAUUUACAGUGACCAACAGACACCUUGAUAGUUACCCCCAUCAGAGUGUAUCUUUGCUCGCUGUCACUGAAGACAGAGGCAGCAGAGAGCCUAGAUGAGACAUGUCUCGUGAGCUGUGCUAGGUGUUGGCAUAGACUCACUACAGAGACCACUUUGGCCAUUCAUUUUUGAGCUCUCCCUUUCUGGCUGGUUUAGAACAAGUCACUUUUCAAAACAAGGUAGGUGGCACAAGAUAAUCAGAGAUGUUAAGAGUUAGUAUCAUACUGUUACUUUCCAUAUGUUUUCCAUCUCUUCUGAGAGUUCAAUUAUGCUGAUAUACACAAGUUCAAAAUAAUCUUCCACCUAGAGCUUAAGCUUAAUUCUUUAAAAAA